AUGAAUGCAACGAUCCCACCCAUGCAUGCUGCACUUUCUGUGCUCGGCACUAUGGCUGGCCAGUACAUCGCCUCGCAGGGACAAACACCUCAAACUAAACAGCCUGUGCCCGCUAAUGUGUCUACCCAGUUCACCGGAACUGCGACUCUCGCAAUAUGUGACAUUUGUAAAGUCCGUCCUAAGUACUUCGAUGGACAGAAGACGCACUCGUACUGCGGGAAGACCUGCGCGACUGCAGGACAAACCAAGCAUGUUCCCAAGAGCAAACCUAAACGAAACAAGCCCAGCAAAGCCACCCGCAGAUUGUGCGACCAUUGUCACAAGCAACCCAAGUACAACGAUGGCACGACGACCCAUUCGUACUGCGGCAAAACCUGCGCACAAAAAGCGAAGGCUGCAGGGGCGUCGGCUGCACAACCUACACAACCAACCAAUCCAACAGCCAAUGGUUGUUUGUUGUGCGGAAAGGCUGUCAAGGGCAAGGGUCACUUCUGCAGUCAGGCGUGCACCUCGAGGGCUGAGAUGAAUGCCCCAGGGCUCAUAGAAGUCCCACAAGGACACGAUACGUUCAAGAGCGUCGCUGACCAAUUUAAGGCAUCGUGGAGACAUCAGACUCCAUGCCCGACAGUUCGGAGAGUGCACAAAGUGAUCUCAUCGCCAGCCUCCAUUGCUAAAUACGAGGCAUAUCGUGCUGCUGUCGAGAGUCGCGGCAACUUUGUUGCAGCUGGGCGUUCGGCAGGGAACGAGAACCGCCGCUGGCACGGAACGACCAGGGAAUGCAAUCUGGGCGAUAAUGGCAACUGCACGUUGUGCCCAUCUCAGACAUGUUCUCUGUGCUGCAUUCUCAAGACGUCCUACAACCUGAAUCUCUUUGGCAAGAAGACUGGCUGGGGCCGGUUUGGUCACGGUAUCUAUACUUCGUCGACGUCAUCGAAAUCGAACGACUACUCCACGAAUGUUAAUCCAUCGAUGUUGAAGGCAAUAUUGCUAAACAAAGUGGUUGUUGGCAAAGGUCACAAGAUGACCCAAGACAACACAUCACUAACCGCACCUCCAACUGGUUAUGACUCUGUCCUCGCGGAGGUGGCGAGUGGAGGAUCGUUGAAUUAUGAUGAGCUUGUAUGUUACACGAAUGACGCUAUCCGCCCGUCCUAUAUGGUCAUGUACGAUGCAUGA